UCGACCGGGGCCCGUAAGGGAAGCAGUGAAUGGCGCUGGUUCCCUCAGGGAAGGGCCUAGAGGAGAGCGGCGCCGACCCGGACCCGAGCCCCGGGGCUGCUGCACGGCCGACAUGGCGUGCUGCCACAAAGUAAUGCUGCUGCUGGACACCGCGGGCAGCGGCGCUCGCCACAGCCGGGUCCGGCGGGCCGCCCUGCGCCUCCUCACCUACCUGAGCUGCCGAUUCGGCCUGGCGAGGGUCCACUGGGCCUUCAAGUUCUUCGACUCGCAGGGGGCGCGGAGCCGGCCCUCCCGCGUGUCCGACUUCCGCGAGCUGGGGGCUCGCUCGUGGGAGGACUUUGAGGAAGAGCUGGAGGCCAGGCUCGAGGAUCGCGCCCACCUGCCCGGCCCGGCGCCCAGGGCCACCCACACGCACAGCGCCCUGAUGGAGACGCUGCUAGACUACCAGUGGGACCGGCCCGAGAUCACGUCGCCCACGAAGCCGAUCCUGAGGAGCAGCGGGAGGAGACUGGUGGACGUGGAGAGCGAGGCCAAGGAGGCCGAGACCGCGCUCGGGGGCUUUGUGAAUGCCGUCUUCCUCCUGGCCCCUUGUCCGCAUUCGCAGCGGGAGCUGCUGCAGUUCGUGUCCGGGUGCGAGGCCCAGACCCAGCGCCUGUCGCCUACCCCCAGGCAGGUGAUGGAGAAGGUGUUGCCCAAGAGAGUCCAGGAAGUCAUGAUCGCCCGAAAAAUCACCUUGUACUGGGUGGAUACCACCGAAUGGUCUAAGUUAUGGGAAUCCCCAGACCACCUUGGGUACUGGACAGUUUGUGAACUGCUCCACCAUGGAGGAGGUACCGUCUUGCCAUUUGAAUCUUUCAGCGGGGAUUUUUCUAAAGCUGAGGAAACACUGCUCAGGGGUGAAAGAAAGCUGUCAAGUGAACCUCACCUCUCUCCAUGGAUUUCAACUCUGCCAACUGAUGCCACUUUAAACCGCUUGCUCUAUAAUUCUCCUGGAUAUGAAGCCUCGUUUCCACAGAUAGAAGGAACAUUAUUUCUCCCUGUUGAAGGCAAAGAGAUUCAAGAAACGUGGAUAGUCACCCUAGAGCCCUUGGCCAUGCAUCAGAGGCAUUUUCAGAAACCAGUCAGAAUUUUUCUAAAAGGUUCAGCAGACCAGUGGUCUCUCCCGAUGAGCAGCACGUUAGGGACUGACAGCUGGAUGUUGCAAAGUCCAGAGGAGAAUGCGUCAACUCAAAAGCUGUUAUUUCAGCAGCUGGUAAGCAGGCUGACUGCUGAAGAGUUACAUCUGGUUGCUGAUGUGGACCCUGGUGACGGCUGGUCCCCUAUCACUGGGGUUAUUUCCCCGCUCUCUGCCGAUGCUAUGGUUCUCACUGUGUUCCGCACCGAGGAGGCUGCCUUUCAAAGACAUUUUUUCCAAACGGUUGUGGCCCAGGGCCCCCAGGAUACAGCUUCCCUUUUCUCAGAUGUUGUGGAUUGUGUAUUGAAUCAGAUUGAUAAUUCGCUUGAAGAUCCUGCUACUGCUGCUCCUCCUGUUCCAGAGUGGGCCCAGCAGGAGAUUGAGCGCACUAUUCCCUGGAGUCCGGCUGUUGUGGAUAAAUGGUUUCCUUUCUCUAAUAUCAGUGGUGCCAGUUCAACUUUGAUGGAGUCAUUUUGGUUACUACAGGCUGCCUCAGCUAAUAAGGAAGAGUCUUACAAAACUGAAAGUGAAUUAACACAUUGCCUCUCCGAGCUCUACCAGAGAAAAUCUCGUGAAGAAUCCACAGCAGCUAAUCAAGAAGACAACAAAAAGAAACGAGGUGUCCCUCGUACUCCAGUGAGGCAGAAGAUGAAUGCCAUGUGCCGUUCCUUAAAGAUGUUGAAUGUUGCAAGGCUGAAUGUAAAGGCUCAGAAGUUACUUCCAGAUGGCAGCCCAGACACGACUGGGGAGAAAGGGAGUGGAAAAACAGCAGAUAAAUUGGAAGACAGAGGAAGAACAUUAAGAAGUUCUAAACCUAAAGAUUUUAAAACUGAGGAGGAGCUACUAUCUUACAUACGUGAAAAUUACCAAAAGGCUGUGGCCACAGGAGAAAUCAAGUUACAUUCAUGUGCUCGAAACAUGAUCUCAACUAUUAAAAUGUUCCUAAAAUCGAAAGACACCAAAGAAUUAGAAGUGAACUGCCUGAAUCAAGUAAAAAGUAACCUCUUAAAAAAUAGCAAAAGUCUUCGACAGAAUCUGGGGAAAAAACUGGAUAAGGAAGACAAAGUCAGAGAGUGCCAGCUUCAGGUGUUUCUUCGUUUGGAGAUGUGCCUGCAGUGCCCUUCAAUACUUGAAAGUACAGAUGAUAUGGAGCAAAUAGUGGAGGAGGUGACAUAUUUGCUGCGCACGGUGUGUUUAACUGAGGACUCAGCCUACCUAGCAAAGUUUCUGGAGGAAAUUUUGAGAUUGUAUAUUGACUCUAUCCCAAAGACACUUGGAAGUCUUUAUGACAGCCUAGGAUUUAUGAUUCCCCAGAAGCUGGCUGGUGUCCUUCCUACAGAUUUUUUCAGUGAUGACUCCACGUCACAAGAGAACAAAUCACCACUUCUUUCUGUGCCUUUUGUGGCAAGUGCUCAUAGAUCAGCAUCAGGCAGCACUGAAUCCGACCAACUGGAGGAGCUUCGUACCAGAUCAGCCAAAAAGAGAAGGAAAAAUGCAUUAAUAAGACAUAAAAGCAUUGCUGAGGUUUCACAGAAUCUUCGACAAAUUGAAAUUCCCAAAGUGUCCAAGAGAGCUACAAAAAAAGAGAACUCUCACCCUUCUCUUCAGCAGCAUCCACUCCCAGUGAAAGAUACAGUACAAGAAGUGACUAAAGUUCGAAGAAAUCUAUUCAAUCAUGAAAUGCUUUCUCCUUCAAAAAGAUCACUAAAGCGGGGAUUGCCUAGAAGCCAUUCUGUGUCAGCUGUGGAAGGUCUAGAACAUAAACUUGACAAUUUCAAGAAGACUAAAGGUUAUCCCAAACUGCUGACUAAGAAUGUGGCCGAGACUCCAGUCCAUAAGCAAAUCUCCAGAAGGCUGCUUCAUAGACAAAUCAAGGGCAGAUCCUCUGAUCCUGGUCUUGAUAUUGAUGUUGUUGAAGAGUCCCCUGAAAAGGGAGAUGAAAGAAAUUUGAGACGAAGUCCUCGAAUCAAGCAAUUGUCACUUAGCAGAACAAAUUCUGGUUCCUUCUAUUCUUUGUCUCAGCCCAAGUCUCGAAGUGUGCAAAGAGUCUACUCAUUCCAGCAAGAAAAGUCAGACCAAAGAGAAAAUUCUCCAGUUCAAAGUAUUCAGUCUUCCAAGAGCCUUCUUUUUGGGACAGUGUCUGAGAUGAUCAGCCCCUCAGAGAAGGGUUCAGCCCUAAUUAAAAGGCCUUCGAGAAACACAUUGAGUUUGGGGACACCUACAGCUUACCAGACUCCCAAGAAGAAUUACCAGAAAUCUCCAAGUUUUCCUAAAACUACACCAGGAAGGUUCCCUCGCACACCGCAAACUCCAUCGUACACUCCAGAAAGGCUGCCAAAAUCCCCUACAGAAAUGACACCUGCAAAGCAGGCGAUUUUUAAAGAGUCCUUAAAAAACUCCUCCUUACAUGGCUGUGACUCACCAUUGGAUUCAAAAAUCACUCCUCAAAAAGGAUCACUCCUGGCAGAAGAAGGUGCCUCUCCUGAAACAGAGAUACCAGGAACUUCCAAAAGGCAAGGCGCUCAGCCGCCCAUGCAUUUGCUGAGUUGUACUUGGCCACAUUCAGUGAGUUCUGGUCUAGAAAGCCCCUCCUGCACAGCAUCCCCCGCCCCAUCUACUGCCCAGCCCAGGCGUGAGUGUCUGACUCCCGUCAGCUACUCUCUCAGAACACCUCCGAGAGCAGUAGCCUUCCCGACAACGCCUCAGAAUCAAAAACACCAGAAUCCUCAUGUGCCCGGAGCUUCCGAGGCAGAGGCACCAGCCCAGACACUAAAGGACGAAGCUGUCAAAACCCCAAAGAGACCAGGGAAUAUAGCUGUGAAUUCUUCCCCACCUGUUACUCCAAAGAAACUACAUACCUCUCCUUUAUGUGAUAUUUCCAAGAGUCCCUUUAGGAAAUCUUUGCUAGAGUCUUCUCCCUCUGGAGAACUGGAUUGGAAAGGGCCCCGGAUGUCAUCCAGUGUAGCCACAUCUCUCUCCUGUCCUGUGCCCUCACCUCCUCCCACAAUCUCACAGAAAGCUACAUCUGAUACAGUCCCCCCACCACCCCCUUCCAAAACUGGGAAAUGGUGUAGAAGGACCUCUAAUCCUGAGAGGAGCGUCUGGGAGUGCCAGCCAGACACCUCUGCUGCUCCUGGGGUUGGCACAACUGACAGCCCCGUCUCCACCACAGACUCUAGAGAGGACCAGAAGGGGGUAAGCCUAUCUCCUCGGUCUCCUCUUGAAAGAUGGAGCCACCAAGGCACUGGUUUGGGGAAUGACUGGCAUGUGUCCUCUCCUUUGCUCGUUACAAGUGACACAGAGUAUCUCACUCUCCUCGAUGAAGCUGAACAAAAUGGUAGCGAUAACUUGAAAGGUAACAUCUCACCAGUGGAACCAGGUGAGGGGCUAAGGACAGUGGUUGCUGCUGAGAAGCCUUCUCUGCCUUACGCUCCAUCUCCUCCUUCCUCUGGGCCCGGCUCUCCUCUGAUACCUUCCGAUGACCUGUGCUGUUUUGUGGGCAGAAGGCAGCGCCAGGCUGCAGCACAGCUGGAGAACCCUCGGGCACCAGCAUGGCAUUCCAGAGCCUCUGCCAGCUUACAGACCUACGAGGUCGAGCUGGAGAUGCAGGCUUCUGGCCUUCCCAAGCUGCGGAUUAAAAAGAUAGACCCCAGCUCUUUGUUAGAAGCCGAGCGUCUAAGAAAGGAGGAGAGCUGUCUGGGAGAGGAGAGCUUCUGCCCAGGUCUCAGCAUGCCCAGGGGCAGCAGGGUCUCAGGCAAACACGAACCCACCUACAUGUCACCCCCCUGCCUCCGCCCCUCCCACAGCACGCCCGGCAAGAGUGGGGGGCAAACCUACAUCUGCCAGUCCUGUACCCCCACCCGCUGUCCCUCUAGUACGCCCUCUCCCUUUCAAACAGAUGUUGGGGUUCCUUGGACACCAUCCCCCAAGCACAGUGGGAAGACAACGCCUGACACAAUUAAAGACUGGCCCAGGAGGAAGAGGGCGGUGGACUGCAGCGCCGGCCCCUCUGCUGGAAGAGGUGAGGUCAGUACAGACCUUUCUGGGAGCCUGUGGUUGCUGGAGCCCGAGGGAAAGGAGCGAGGCCUGGAAGUCGGCAUCCACAAGGCUCCCAUCUUGGAGGAUUUUGAGCUCGAGGGGGUGUGUCAGCUGCCAGACCAAUCGCCCCCCAGGAAUGGUGUGCCUAAGGCUGAGGAUGCCACCUCAUGGGGGCAGUUCAGGCUGAGUUCCAAGAAGAGAUUCCUGUCGGCUAAGGAAGAAGCUGAGUAUGGAGCCAAACGAGUGUGUGACGGCCUGGGAGAAGACUCAGAAGUUAGUCAGAGUGAAGAGAGGUCUCCAAAAUCAAGUAUGCAACAGCUCCCCUCCACAGGAGACGACGAGGUGUUUGUUUCUGGCUCCACCCCACCUCCCAGCUGUGCCCCGUGGAGCUGCCUCUCUGCCAGCGGUCUCCAGGCUCUGACCCAGUCUCCACUGCUGUUCCAGGGGAGGACGCCUUCCUCUCAGUGCAAAGACCACAGAGGUGAGGAGAGGGAUGUAUUUCCCUCCGCCGCAGAAGAAUCUCCUUUCAGCCGAGCACUCUCUAGGAGACGCCCCAUCAGCAGAACUUACUCACGGAAGAAGCUCAUCAGCUAGUCAGGAUGGAACCCAGUCGGAGGACUUACAACCACAAACACGACUGAGCUCAAAAGAGGAAGGUGACGUCACAGGACCCCAUGGGCAUAAAUUGAGGCUCUGGUCUCAAGCUCCUUUUAUGGUGGUCAGCGUUCAGAUCCCCUUUAGAUGCCACAGGGUUUCCACUUCCCUUCAUGGAGUCUGUCCACCCCAGGCGCUGCCCCUUGUCAUGGGGAGGCUGGGCGGAAGGCAGUGAAGCUGGUGCCGUAACUCAGGCAGCCCUGGGAGUCAGGAAACCAGGCGAGGAAUUGCAAGACUAGAAUCCCAGUCCAGCCCCACCCCAGCCGUGACCAUGGCAAGUCAGAGGGCUGCUCUGUGCCUUGCUUGUGAAAAUGGAGAAAGGGGCCCUGCCUUGGGGUCCCUCGAGGGGCUGCUAUAAGGCACUACAAUGUGGGCAGUGUUUUGUAAACUGUGAAGCCCCGUAUAUGAGGCUGCAGUGGGCGGCAGAAAUUUUUUGCAUUCCCCACGGAACAAUAAAAUCGUCUCUGGUAACUCGGCAUUCAGUCCAUUUGUUCCGUGGCAGAGCUCUAGUAUUUUCUGGAGCAGCCACCUUUCAAGGUCUGCCCUGAGAGUCAGCCAGCUCAUGGCAUGGGCCUUGGCCAGGACCUGGCUGACAGCACUGACUCAGAACUGUCUC